AUGGUGAACCCACGCAUUACACCCCGACGCACUGAGUUCCCCCGUCUGCUACCGGCGGACUCUUUGCUUGAGACUAGUGAAUCCGAACUAGCUCUCAGUGACUUAGACGCUUUGCGUCUUAAUGCUUUAAAACUUGCCCCUACGCCAACUAGUGCGGCGGAGCUGCAUCGCAUGUGGAUUCCAUGCCCUCAUGCGAUCAAGCGCAAGCACCUUGCCGAGGUGCUCGAUGAGCUUGCGAAAGACGACCAACCACAGUUGUGGAAUGACGCACGUCAGGCUCGUCUUCUUCGAGACUUUAAGCUGAUCCCUAAUGCAGGGAUCCGUUUGACGUGCACGGCCUACGACACUGCUUCUAAACUCAGUUUGGUCAAGCUCAAUGCGUUUGGUUCCCAAAUCCAAGUCGCACGGUUUUCGAAGUACGGUUCUCGUUACUACGUUGAUCUGGUCCGUCUGCCUGACGAAGUCACGGACCGCGUGAUUUUUGAUUGGUUUGCGGAACAUGGUGCACCUCCGACGUGUGUUCUACCCACGUUCGUGCGAAACGAUCUUCCUUCGCGGGAACGUACCGUUUCUAUUGGUCGAGAUCAGGCGCCUUCUGUCUUGGUCCAUUUUCAAGACAAUCCUCUUCGUGAGAUUGAAUUUUCAUCGCCGGACGACGGCAUGGUCAAGCUUCGUGCGUGUUUCGUCAACCACAAAGUGGCAAGUUACAACCGUGUAACGCCUCCGUCAAUUCUUCUACGUCAAGAGGCAGAUGCCGCGCGCAUGGCGACUGAAUCUGCGGCGUCUUCACCAUCUAGUUUGUUCUCACCAUCUGGUGCUCCUAUUCCUUCUGAUCCCAAGGGACAUGUAUCGUCUCUUCGGGAAUCGAUUUGCCGCAUGCCACCUGAUUUACCAGCGGAUUCUCCACUUGAUUCUUCACUGGAUUUAAAAGCUGAUUCUUCAGGCUCUCCCGUUGCGCCUUCGGAUCAUGACACCUCUCGUACUGAUGACGUCGCCAUGUCGGAUGACGACGUUGGGUCGACUAUGGGUGAUGCUGUCGACAAAUCUGUUUCGGACCCCUCCGACUUCAACUUGGAGGCAUUUUUGGGUGAAGUUAUCAAUGCCCCCAAGAUUAAUCCUGGUGCACCGCUAUGGACGAAAGCGGGUACCAAUCGUCAGGCUCUUUACGGUCGUUCUGGCGCUGAUCUGGUUGAAGCCAAGUCGAUCAAGUAUGAUUUCAACGCUGAAGCUGGUACAGCUCAAGCGACUGGCCUCGUCAAGCCAAAUUACUACCAUUCGCUAUGGUUUGAGGACGCUGACCCGGACGUCGCUCAAUGUCAGUACGAUCUCGAAGCUCGUCAUGAGGAAGGCAACGAGACUUGUAUGGAGUGUGGUCAAGUUGCUGCCGACAAGAAGACCUACAUCUCCAUCGUAGCCCCAUACACUAUUGGCUACGAAGUUGAGAGUAUGAAACGACUUGAACUCACCAAGUGCGUGGACUCUUUUUUAAAAGAUCUCAGUUACCGUACCCCGCUCGAACAAUUGGAUACGGUUGAGGCUAACCCGGGACUUAUGCUCCCGGCUAUGGCGUCUAAAGAUCGCCUAGACACUCUUGCCCAUUACCGAAGUGUCUGUCGUCUUUUGGCUCACACUCGUCCUGGUACGAGUGUGGCUCAGUCGCAAUGUUCAAGGGUUCUUCAUGCGACGGGCAAGGCAAAGACCAUGCUCAAAAACCUUUUGGGUCAUGGGCCUCCAAUUUUGGCUCAAGACAAGAAGGCUCUUUUUGCUCCUUCAAGCUGGGAUUUGGUGCUUCAUAUUAUGGCACUGACGGUAUAUCAUGACCCUAUCAAGCUGUUCGUCCUCACGGAUACUAUCCCGGACUUUCUCGUCGAUUUGAGGGUUCCGCUGCUUUCGGAUAACACUCUUUGGCUGCUCGGUUUCAGCUAUUUCGCGAAAGACCUUUUGCAGUACGAGACUGUGCCCGACUCUUUGAAGUCUUUGGUUCAGGCUGUCCAAGCAUUGAAACCUAAUGCGAAAGGGUCCCCAAGUCAUCGCCUUCAUUUUUGGGCAGGAGGCAUGGGCCUUCAAGGCGGUUUCACUCAAUGUGAAUGGGUUGAACAAGCCCCGCCUUCAGUUCUACCAAGAUCUACUUUCACAAUAUCAAGUUGUCGCUUUUCAAGAAACCAAGCUUUCAAGUCAACAGUUGAUACAAGAUAA